AUGGCUGGUGGUCAUUGCCCAGCGGAGUCAGCUGCUGCUAGCAAGAACGGAAGUCGGAUGGGUCCCCGGGGGUGUACAUUCUCUGGAUUUGCCGCGCCUGGAGACGUGCAUGCUGCGUUUGGAAUACCGCAACAUGCCAACGUUGAAGAGUUCCUUCGACAAAGGGAACGUAAGGCAAUCAAUGAGCUGAUAUAUUCCAACGUGCCUUCCAUGGCCGAGAUUAAAGAAAUUCAAAAUGCUAAAGGUGUCAAGAGUCUUGACACUCUCAACAUGGAUGAACGAGAUUUACUGGCAAUUGCGCUUGGUGCACCCGCUCGUCAAGUCAUACUACGAGCGGAAGAAGUCGGCCCUGCAACAGGUUGGCGAGAUGGCUACUUAAGCACCGAGUAUGGCUUCCAACCUCCAGACACAAGCGAGGCUCCUGGCGCCCUACGCAACUCUCCAGGACGAGUAUGGAUGGAUCUGUGCACAAGAAUGCCUGGCUGCGUUGCUCGCGGUCGAGUGCGGGAAUCAAUCGCAGCAUUACCAAUCAUUCAAGGAACGGCCGACACCAUCCCAGACAAGGCUCUAUGGGCAGCUCUGGUCGCCCUUGGUAUGCUUUGCUCUAUCUACCGGUAUGAAGAGCGACACGAUGGCAAUGAGGGCAUCAAUGUAGCUGCGAAGCCUUUCAAACUGAAGGGUGUUCCUAUAUGCGACGAUCUUGGCGACGAGGUCCAAGGCAUUCCUCGCAGCAUUGGUCUUCCCUACGUUCAGAUUUCCAUUCGGAUGGGUCGGUCCAUUCCCCACCUUACCUUUUUCGACCAGUCGUCUUUCAAUGUCGACUACGUCGACCCACUUUCGAAAUAUCCCUAUGUCGGUCGCUUCGACAACAUCAAGUUGCGAUGGGGCAUGUUCGGUGACAGUGCUGAGAAUGCGUUCCUUAAAGGCUGUGCCGACACGUCGGCGAGCUUUCAGCAUGGUCCUGAUGCCAUUGCGGCGUGUCAAGAACACGUCAUGAACCGUAACAACGAGGGACUUCUUCGUGAACUCAUUCGCUUGAAGGAGAUCUUGGAACGAAUGCCCACAGCCUUCAACACCAUAUCGCCCAACGAUAGGUCUGGCGAGAACUAUGUGUCUCCUACUGAGUACCUGGUCAUGGAUGCUUUCCUUGGUCGCAAAAAGUAUGACUCAUUCCUUGGCGCUGAGGGUGUGCAUCUUCGAGCAUGGCUGCCAUCGAACCUUCGUGCGUUCAUUGCUUCCAUCGAGUAUCACUAUCAGAUACCAGAAUAUGUGAAAGCAUCUGGAGACCCCAGAUUGAUGGGCGUGCUCGAUGGCGUGGUGGAGGCAUAUACUGGUGAGCGAGGCUUCAUGGGUGCCCAUCGGUACAAAGUGUUCGGUCUACUCGAGUGCGCCGGCAAGUCUGGUCGGACUGAGACAAAUGGAGCUUCUGGAGCUGCUGACGCUAUGAGGCCCUGGGAGAAAACGCAUGCAGAGUUUUCUGAGGCUAUGAAAGAACGGCUGGAGCCUUUCCGUGGACAACGCGAUAUCGAACCACAUGAAAUGCGUGGUACGUUCGAAGAAUGUCGAUACCGAGGCAGAAUCCUAAGCAGAAACUUUGUCGAUUCGGACCCCAAGCGCUCCAUCGCAAUGGUCACUCUGGACAUUCAAGACACCGGCAUUACCUUCCAACCUGGCGACCGACUUGCUAUCAUGCCAAUGAAUAGCUGGACGGAGUGUGCGAAGGUUGCAGCUGCGCUAGGCCUUGAUACGAUGCUUUCCGAUCCUGUCAGUAUGGAUCGUAUAUGGACAAGAUACGCUGCUCAUAUGGGCGCCAUCUCGCAUACAGAGAAGCCUCAGCUCACUGUCAUUGAUAUCCUACGCAAGGGUCAUCUUGCGCCGAUAACCAAGAAGCUUGCUACAAAGCUGCAUACCCUGCUACGAGCAUCAUCACAUGUCGUGUUGCAGGUCCUAGCCACAGACGAAUGGCCUGUACGAGCCUCACUCGGUGACUUACUUCAAGAAGCUGUAAAAGACACUUCGCCACGCAUCUGGGACCAAGCAUUCGACCUCUCCGGCAAUCUGGCCUGGCUGACAGAUCUCAUCUCUGUCGAGGUACCACGUACUUACAGUAUCUCCAACUACUCUGACGAACUUCUCCCCAGCACUGUGGACUUGACAAUAUCUCGUUCGGAGUACGACCUCUGCCCCUUGUUCGCCGGCACUGAAAAGCAUGUGCGAAACGGUGUUAGCAGUGGUUUCCUAAACCCGCCAGUAGCCGAAGAGAUGGAUGUACUCGACGACGAGGAGAUAUUGAUUGGCGUGUCGAGACCUUUCUCGUUCCAGCUGCCACAUGACGAUACCUCGCCUGUUGCACUGUUCGCAGGUGGCAGCGGCAUCGCACCUUUCCGCAGUUUUUGGCAAGCUCGUUGCGGUCAAGCAUGGGGGAAAACUGUCUUGUAUCUCGGUGUACAGUCCCGGCAAAAGUUCUGUUACGAAUCCGAGCUUCGUCAGUAUGUCAACGAGGGAUUGAUGGAAGUGCAUACGGCAUUUUCGCGCGACACGAAUGGCCUAGUGUACGAUCCCGUUUCUAGAGAUCUUGUGGAGAGGGAGAUGCCCUCAAGGUACAUUGAUGGACUUAUCGUGGAGCAAGGGCAGUCUAUAUGCGAUCUCGUUAUGUCAAAGAAGCAAGGUGGCAUUGGUGGCUACCUUUACGUAUGCGGUUCAGUCGGAGUGUUCGACUCAGUGAUGUCCGGCAUUCGACAGGCGCUCUACAACCAUCGAUCACCUACUAUGGAAACUGUGGAGACCAUAAUGAACACUGCAUUUGCCGAGCGACGCUUUAUGCUCGACGUCUUCAUGACCCCAAGACCUCUACCUUGUAACCAACCUACGAUUUCGCUUUCCCAGCUCGCCGUUCACACCGGCCAUGUGAAAGGUUCGCGCGUAUGGAUUGGAGUGCAUGGUAAAGUGUAUGACGUCACCGACUUUUGUACAAUGCACCCAGGCGGUACCAAUAUCAUCAAAUCCAACGGCGGUGUAGACUGCACCAAGUCUUUCGAUCUACUAGCCCAUACCAACAAUCCCGAGGUCUCGUCUCUGUUGACCAAGUACUACAUUGGAGAAUUGACCCCAAAGCCCGCUUUCCAAUCCGAGGAGAUCGGCAUGCUUUACGAUCUAUGGAAGGGUUAUCUUCGUGUCGCAACUGAACAAGUGGUCGCGGCGAGCUUCGAGGUUGGUAUGAUCACAGAGUCGUCGCUCGUGUGGUUCCAAGGUGACCUCUUCAACAUGGGAGGUGUCCGCAGAUUCUACCACUACCAGUCUCGACUACUAGAGGGCGGUUUCUCUACCCUCUUUGGAGCGAAACUGCAAGAGCUCUACCUCAAGAUCUCAUUCACUCUCGCCAAUGUUUCUUCUACUAACACCAAGUUGUCCGACGUCCUCGGUGUAAUCGCCCGUGCUAAAAGCUCCCACGAUGCCGUCACGGCGUCCAACGAGAUUUCUCAAAUCGGCCAAUUCACCUGCGACAGCGAAUCUGCUCGCCACCAUGAGAAAGGUAUCAUCGCAUAUGCGCAGCGGUCUGUCCAAUACGAUAUGGAGUUUCUUGAAGCAAUCAGGGAAGAAGCCUGUACUGGCAUGGAUGCUUUUGACAGUAUCAUGGAGCUUGAUGCUCCCUCUAAUUCUGAACGCGUCACUGCGCUUUCCACGUUUCUCAUGCAAGUACUCGAAAGGAUGGCAAACCGCCUUGAAGGUUUCUACGCCAAGCUCGCCCGUCAUUCCGUAUUCCAACCCGAGAUGGAAAGAAACCCGGCUCGUGCUCGUUGGAACAUCCUGAAGCGAAAGGUUUGGGACGGGUCCUUUUUCAUUCUAGCCCGCGAAGCAUCCAUUCAGCCCACUGUUAGAUACCCCACCAACGGUGUCGAUUUCGAUCGUGUUGUAUCGCAAAUCGAGAUGAGUUUGAGCAAAUCUUCAACGAUGACACCACAGAUCAUGGGGCUCAACGAGCAACAUGCCGCUCGUGCGAUGAGCACUGCAAGUGGCACCCCUGCGUACGAAGUGCACACGCAAAAUAACGCCCUCAAGGCGAUGUCGACUUUCAUUGACUCUAACAAAAAGGCCAUUCGGCGUCUGAGUAAACUCCCACAGGCCAUUGACCUGCAGCAAUUGAUGCAAACCUAUGGAUCGCUACCACAGGGCAAUCAUGCUCUGCCAACGCCACCGUCAAGUCGAUCACCGUCCAUGUCGUCAUCGACAAGAUUUCCAAUGGGACGCCGAAGAUCCAGGACGGUCAACGACAUGCCGCAGCUAUUGCAACGUCGUACCACCGGAGCAUCUGACUUAACACGCUCAAACUCAGGUGCAUCAGCUCAUCCGUCACCAACUGCCGCCAUGUCAGCAUUAAUGACCAAAAUGAACACUCGCAACAAAUCCAUAACCUCACCAAUCUAUCGAAGUCCCGACCAUAUUGAUCAGGAUCGCGCGCGCUCAGUGCAAGCGUUAUUUCUGCAGAGGCCGGAUAGAAUGGUUGGUCUAGGAAAUGCAGGAUCGGACUAUGGAGGUGGUAGUCGUAUGGAUAGCCCGCAUAUACGCUCGAAGAGUACUACCGGUAACCUAAGGGCGUUUCGACUGCAAGCAAGUACCAUGGCUGGGGGUAUGAAUCGGAGAAGCGAUAUGAGUCGGACAUGA